ACGGAAAAGGGAACUGAAUUCAGGUGAUUUUAGGGUAAGAUUUUCACACACAAAAUAGGAAAUUAUCCGCUGCUGGUGCUGCUUGCGAAAUGAGCGUUUAAUCACCUUAAAAAGACCUUGAAUAAACUUUGGAAAAUUGCAUACCACCGUGCUGCUACAGCAUGCCGAAAAAAGGGUCCAAUGCAAAAAAGAAACCUGCUGAGCGUGCAAAAGGUGCUGGUCGAAGCGAUGGAAAUUGCACGGACAGCAAAAUGGAUUAUGUUGACUAUAUCGCGAAGAAUUGCCAUGACCCGGCACUAGAGUUAGAAACCAAAACAGGAUUCAACAUGAAACAACUGAGUGGUAAUUCAGGAAAUACCCAUAGUAACACAAGCGCUUUACCCUCCUCUAAAAACGAAAACAGAAAAUUAGCGAGAGAAAUGAAAUCGUUGGUUUUGUGGAAAUCGCCAAUGAAAACGAUGAAGUAUGCCAGUUUAGAACUUUUGUUUCUAGCCAAAAGCAAUGUAGAAAGGCUAUUUCAGCAUCGUGCCGUGGUUACUGUGUUGCUCUGUGCUUCAAUUGCGCUGUUGGCUUUGAUAUUAACACCAGGUCAACACCAACAAAUAAUCAAGCUACUCAAAAGCAAUGGAUUUUUUAUGAUCUACUGGCUGGGCCUAGGAAUAUUAUCAUCUGUUGGAUUAGGAACAGGAUUACACACAUUUUUAUUGUAUCUUGGACCACAUAUAGCAAGCGUAACGUUAGCUGCCUACGAAUGCAGUUCGUUAAAUUUUCCUGAACCACCGUAUCCUAACGAAAUCCUUUGUCCUGAGAGCACUAGCGGUUACGGUCAAAUUAAUCCCUCGCUGUGGUCAAUAAUGGCUAAAGUUCGCGUUGAAGCUUUUUUAUGGGGUGCCGGAACAGCAUUAGGAGAAUUACCACCUUACUUCAUGGCUAAGGCUGCCAGACUUUCCGGAAACUCUAAAGAAGAGCAUGAAAAUAUUCAGGAACUAGAAAAGCUACAAAAACGAAAGAAAAAGGGCGAAAAAUUAACAUUUUUUGAUAAAGGUAAACUAUUUAUGGAAGACAUAGUAGAACGAGUAGGAUUCUUUGGGAUUCUCUUAUGUGCAAGUAUUCCAAAUCCUUUGUUUGACUUAGCCGGUAUUACUUGUGGACAUUUUCUUGUGCCCUUUUGGAAAUUUUUUGGGGCUACGCUAAUUGGAAAAGCCAUCAUCAAGAUGCAUAUUCAAAAAAUAUUCGUCAUAAUCUCUUUCAACGAAAAUUUGGUAGAAAAGUUUAUCAAAUUUCUUGCAUUUAUUCCUAUCGUCGGUGUGCGGUUGCAGAUCCCUUUCAAAGUGUUUUUUGAGAAUCAGAAACAACGACUACAUCGUAACACACAAAAGAGCGCCGUAUCAGGCAACGGGAACCUGUUGUCUACCAUAUUCGAAAGCUUUGUUUUUAUCAUGGUUUGUUAUUUCAUUGUUUCAAUUAUGAAUACCCUUGCUCAAAAUUGCUGCAAAAGAACCCGAAAGCAACUGCAUCAGAGUGGUAGCGACACGGAAACCCAAAAAUCAACUUAAAAAAAAGCGAGAAUCCCACAUCAUUCAAUCCUGCUCCAUUACUGUAGAUAUGAAGUCCUGCAACAAA